AUGAAAGCAGGCUGCAGCAUUGUGGAUAAGCCAGAAGGAGGAGGAGGUUAUCAUUUCCCAGAGUGGGCUUACAAAACAGAGUCCAGCCCCGGCUCCCGACAGAUCCAGUUAUGGCAUUUCAUCUUGGAGCUGCUGCAGAAGGAGGAGUUUCGCCAUGUCAUUGCCUGGCAGCAGGGCGAGUACGGGGAGUUUGUCAUCAAGGACCCUGACGAAGUGGCCCGGCUGUGGGGCAGAAGAAAAUGCAAACCCCAGAUGAACUAUGACAAGCUGAGCCGCGCUCUCAGAUACUAUUACAACAAGAGGAUCCUCCACAAGACAAAAGGCAAAAGGUUUACCUACAAGUUCAACUUCAACAAGCUGGUGAUGCCCAACUACCCAUUCAUUAACAUUCGGCCUAACGGUGUCGUGCCGCAGAGCGCUCCUCCUGUCCCCACGGCUUCGUCCCGCUUCCACUUCCCACCGCUGGACAGCCACUCUCCCACCGAAGAUGCCCAACCCAGUCGGUUCUCCGGUGGUUCUCUGGUCCCAUCCAACCCAGAAACGUUGGGUGACGGCAGCGAGAGGAAGCCAGACAUGCCGGAACUGGAGGACGGCUCCUCGGAUUGGCGCCGCGGAGUGGAUCUUAUGGCCUCACGCAACGCCGUGGGCGCCGGUAGCGUCAACCACCAGAAACGCAAACCCGAUAUUAUGCUCCCGCUCUUCACCAGGCCUGGGAUCUACCCGGAUCCUCACAGCCCCUUUGCCGUGUCCCCUCUGCCGGGGCGCGGUGGGGUCCUCAACGUCCCCAUCUCUCCUGCCUUGUCCCUGACUCCCACCCUUUUCUCCUACAGCCCCUCGCCGGGCCUCAGCCCCUUCACAGGCAGCAGCUGCUUUUCUUUUAACCCCGAGGAAAUGAAACACUACCUGCAUUCGCAAGCUUGCUCCGUCUUCAACUACCACCUGAGUCCGCGGACUUUCCCCCGCUAUCCGCUCAUGGUGCCACCACUACAGUGCCAAAUGCCCCUGGAGGAGCAGCCCCAGUUUCCCAUCAAGCUCCAACCUCCACCCGUGGGGCGUAAAAACAGAGAGAGACUGGAAAGCGCUGAGGAGCCGGCGGCCCCCCAGUUAGCUACUCCUCCUCCUCCCAGGGUGAAGGUCGAACCCGCGAUGGACAAAGAGGCAGAGUCCGAAGAGCCGCCGGCGAAAGGGAAAGAUAAAAAUGAGAGAGAGGAAGGCUGCGGCGUUGCAGCCAGCCUGGAAGAGGAGAAAGGGCCUGUGUUUGCCAGACCAGCUGCACUGUGGUGGCACCCAGCCCCACCGGCAGCCAGCCAGGCCGGUUUCUCGGCUGAGGAAUCGCCAGAGCAAGGGGAGAGCAGCGGGGAGAAAUCAUCCCGAGAGGCCGCCGGAGAAUCAGGAGCGCAAGAGAAGAGAGAAGAUGCCCUCAUGCCUCCGAAACUGCGUCUCAAGCGUCGUUGGAACGGCGACCGGCAAGCUGACCUCCCCGAGGAACGCCACAACGGCCGUGUCCACUGGAACGGGGCGCUGGGCAGCCCGCACCUCACGGCGGCUCCCAAGGCUGUGACGGCCACCGCUGCCUCCGACACUUAA